AUGAGGGGAAAAGCUGUCACGUGGAGCAAUACGCACUGUACGUGCUGCGCGGGUAUGGAGGUCAGAGGACCCAGCUGGCUAUGGAGUUAUGAUGGGUCGGGGCACUGCUUUUGGCGUAGGAGGUUCCGGGUUAAUUUUGGCGUAACAACUAGGGGAAGCUUCUAGCUGCCGGCAUAGCGGUCUUCUCUCCAUCGGUGGAGGUCUGUAACAUCCGAGCCCCGGGUGGCCCCGCCCUUCUCCUAGCUGGGAGGAGUCUUUUCUCCCUGACCGCAGGUGGGGGAGGUUAGCCUCCCCUCCCCGCCUCCUGGGUCAUUUAGACUUCCCUUCUCUGCUGACUCCGAGAUUCUGCAGACAAUUUUGAGUGCUGUGAUGCAAGUUCAACUGCUCCAAGAUCUGGCCAAAUCUCCCUACAUUUUAGCAAAACUAUACCACUGCCAAAGUCUUCCUAGAGUUCUUCGUCCAGCACUAAAACCACUAAAGUUAUUUGAAAAGACAACAUGCAGAACCCUGACAAUAAAUCGAAACUUGGGUUUAUGCUUUUCUGAAACAGCAGUUGAUGAUUUGAAAUGUUCAUUUCCUGGACACAUUAUUUGGAAAGUGUCAGCUGCAAACAUAGUAUCUCAGCUGAAGACUGUGUUCUUCAGAGUUGAAGAAAUGAAUGUUCUAUCCCAGAAAUCUUUUGGGACUUGUAGGAAAAUAAAUCACAAACUAAGAGUUUUAUAUACUAACUGGCCUAUGAAAAUACUGAAGAGACAUUAUUCAUCUACACCAACUGGAAAACUAGAAGUUCAGCAAAUCAAGAGACCACUAAAAGCUUCAAGGACCAAGCAACCAUCCAGAGCUAACCUUCCACUCUCAUCUGUAAAUGAGACUUGUGAGGUCGAUGGAAUGGGGCUUAUCUUCAUUUUAAAGGACCUGAUGCACUGUACAGCCUUUGCAACAGCAGAUGAAUAUCAUCUUGGUAAUCUGACUCAAGAACUUGGAUCUCAUGGAUACAUAGAAAUAACCAAUUUGCCUAGAGAUGCGGCAAAUAUUUUGGUGAUUGGUGUAGAAAAUUCUGAAAAAGAACAUGAUCCUGGAACAAUCUUUUUCUUCAGGGAAGGAGCUGUUGUAUUUUGGAAUGUGGAAAAUAAAACUAUGAAACAUGUGAUGCAAAUUUUAGAAAAACAUGAAGUUCAGCCUUAUGAAAUGGCACUGGUUCACUGGGAGAAUGAAGAACUUAACUACAUAAAAGUAGAGGGUCAGUCGAAGCUUCAUAGGGGGGAAAUCAGGUUAAAUUCAGAUUUGGAUCUAGAUGAAAUCAUACUGGAGAAAUUUGCCUUUUCAAAUGCCCUAUGCCUUUCAGUGAAACUGGCUAUUUGGGAAGCAUCACUGGAUGAUUUUGUCGAGUCUAUUCAAUCAAUUCCAGAGGCUUUAAAAUCUGGAAAAAAGGUGAAACUUUCUCAUGAAGAGGUUAUGCAGAAAAUGGGAGAACUUUUCUCAUUAAGACACCGUAUAAAUUUGAGUUCGGAUUUCCUGAUGACCCCUGAUUUCUACUGGGAUAGAGAAAACUUGGAGGCACUUUAUGACAAAACAUGUCAAUUCCUUAGCAUUACUCGUAGAGUUAAGGUGAUGAAUGAGAAGCUUCAACAUUGCAUGGAACUAACAGACCUAAUGCGAAAUCACCUGAAUGAAAAGCGGGCACUCCGCCUAGAAUGGAUGAUUGUUAUUCUUAUCACCAUAGAGGUAAUGUUUGAACUUGGCAGACUAUUGUUCUAAUUAUGUGAAAAAGAUGUGGAUAACUGAAAAAUUGUUAUAUAAAAUAUACUGAAAAGUCCCAAUAACAUGUAAAUAAUAGAAAGCAAGUACUCCUGAAUUUGCCUGAUUUUUUAGAAUGAUUCUAAAUCUUUGGUGUAUGUGUGUGUGUGUGUAAAUAUAUAUAUGUGUAUAUAUAUAUUUUUUGAUCAAAUAAAAAUUAUUACUAUA